AUGUAUCGGAGGGUCAAAGGCGGAGGAUCGAAGGCGGUUGGGUUUGUGUUGGCGGCUGAUCAGAAACGGGUUGAUGAAGCCCUUGAUAAGCAUCUCGAACGAUCCUCUCCGUCCACUUCGGCAACUACCACCACCACUGCCACCGUUGCCAGGCUCUCAACGGGAAGGAUAAUCACCGGUCGUCGAUGUUUAAGUCCAAAUGACAAUCAGCAUUUCAAGGAUGCUAAAGCCCCUAAUAUGGAGGAAUCAGAAACAGACAGUGAGUCAAAUGCGAGUGGCUCUGAUGGGGAGGACACUUCAUGGAUUUCGUGGUUUUGCAACCUUCACAGCAAUGAGUUUUUCUGUGAAGUUGACGAUGAUUAUAUUCAAGAAGAUUUUAACCUUUGUGGUUUAAGCAGACAAGUUCCUUAUUAUGACUAUGCGCAUGAUUUGAUUCUAGAUAUUGAGUCAUCGCAUGGAGUUAGUUGA